CCCUCUCCUCCUUUACGCUGGAGAGAGUGCGUUUCCGCUCGGGCCGUCGGAGGCGCAGAGGCUGCGAUAGAGGGGCAGAGAGAAGAGCUGCCUUGGGCCAGGCCCCCCACUUCCCUCCUCCCUGCACCCCAGUGUGGGGUGGAAGUGGGAGCUCAAAGGGGAUGCUCUAGGGAGACGAAACGCACCGAGAGAGGGCGAGAGAAACGAUUCCAGCACAGCCAGCACCUUGGGCUCCAGCCACUGAGGCGUCAAACCUGCCACAAUCAGCAGGCGAAGCUCGAGCGCCGUGGCCAGGGGUUCGGCAGUCAUCACUCACGACGCCAAUGGCAGCAGCCUGAGGAAGGCUUGACUCAGCGUUAGACCAGUUAGCGUGCGAGCCGUGCCCCACCUUCUCCCAACCCAGUAGGAUGGAGGGGCCCUGGACACUGAGCUGCCUGCUGCUGGCCUGCCUGCUGCUGCCCGACUCCAUGCUGAGCCAGCCCAGCCGCCCCGAGGAGGAGCAGGGAGAGGCAACGCGGGCACCGUCUCACCGCCACGCUGCCAGGGCCGAACGGGACCCCGAGAAAUAUCAUCGCAACCCGGACGAGCAGCCUCCCCCCUCCCAGUGUGUGCGCUGCUGCGACCCCCCCACGCACUCCUCUGCCCUGCCCCACAUCAACAUCACCAUCCUGAAAGGUGAGAAGGGGGACAGGGGCGAGCGAGGCCUGCAGGGGAAGUUUGGCAAAGCUGGAUCGGCAGGCAGCAGGGGCCACAUGGGGCCCAAGGGACAGAAGGGGAGCAUCGGGGCCAUGGGGGAGCCAUGCAAAAGUCACUACGCUGCGUUCUCCGUGGGCCGCAAGAAGCCCCUGCACAGCAACGACUACUACCAGACGCUGAUCUUCGACACCGAGUUUGUCAACCUCUACGGCCACUUCAACAUGUUCACAGGCAGGUUCUACUGCUACGUGCCCGGCAUCUACUACUUUGCGCUCAAUGUGCACACCUGGAACCAGAAGGAGACCUACCUGCACAUCGUGAAGAACGGGGCGGAGGUCGUGAUCCUCUAUGCCCAGAUGAGCGACCGGAGCAUCAUGCAGAGCCAGAGCGUCAUGCUGGAGCUGCAGGAGCAGGACGAGGUCUGGGUGCGGCUCUUCAAAGGCGAGCGGGAGAACGCCGUCUUCAGCGAUGAGUACGACACCUACGUCACCUUCAGCGGCUACCUGAUCAAGCACAGCGGGGAGCCCUGACCCCAGGCCUGGGCUGUCCGGCUAGUCCUCCCCCAAGGCUGACCUCGGAGCUCACCUCUCCUGCCAUAACCCACUCUCCUGCUUCUCUCCUCUUCCUGGUAGCAGACCCCGUCGCAGACCACCCAGCCCUGUCAUGCCUGUGCCUGCUCCCUGCUCCCCUUCCUCAGCUGGGGCACAACCCUCUCCAGGGUCAGGUGCUCUAAUGCCGUCAGUGGCUGUAUAAAUAUGGAAGUGCCCCUUCCCCCCCCCCACGUGCCAUGCUCAGGUAACCGGGAUGAGAUGUAUGGGCCGGGAUUCCCCAGCCUCCCUGCUGGCGUGAUUUGUG